AAAAAGCAAGUGAGUCAAACAAAGAUCCGGGUGAUCUCUACCAUCCUCUUCAUCCUGGCAGGCUGCAUUGUGUUUGUGACCAUUCCUGCAGUUAUCUUCAAACACAUUGAGGGAUGGACAGCCUUGGAGUCCAUCUACUUCGUGGUUGUCACUCUGACUACUGUUGGCUUCGGUGACUUUGUAGCAGGAGGAAAUGCUGACAUCCAUUACCGGGAGUGGUAUAAACCCUUGGUGUGGUUCUGGAUCCUUGUUGGCCUUGCUUAUUUUGCUGCUGUCCUGAGUAUGAUUGGAGACUGGUUAAGAGUCCUGUCCAAGAAGACAAAAGAAGAGGUUGGAGAAAUAAAAGCCCAUGCAGCAGAGUGGAAAGCGAAUGUGACGGCUGAGUUCAGAGAGACACGGAGGCGGCUCAGCGUGGAGAUCCAUGACAAGCUUCAGCGGGCAGCCACCAUCCGCAGCAUGGAGCGCAGGCGCCUGGGCCUGGACCAGCGAGCCCACUCCUUAGACAUGCUCUCUCCAGAGAAGCGCUCUGUCUUUACUGCCUUGGAAACAGGACGCUUCAAGGCCUCAUCUCAGGAAAGCAUCAACAAUAGGCCUAACAACCUGCGCCUUAAAGGGUCAGAUCAGUUCAACAAGCACGGGCAGGGGGCAUCCGAGGACAACAUCAUUAACAAGUUUGGAUCAUCUGCUAAGAUGACCAAAAGGAAAAACAAAGACCUCAAAAAGACCAUCCCCGAGGAUGUGCGUAAAAUUUACGAGACCUUCCGAAACUACUCCUUGGACGAAGAAAAAAAGGAAGAGGAGACGGAGAAGAUGUGUAAUUCUGAGAACUCUUCUAGCACUGCAGUCCUGACCAACUGCAUCCAGCAGCACUCAGACCUGGAGAAUGGAGUGAUCCCCAAUGAAACCAAAGAAAGGGAACAUGAAAACAAAGCGUUACUUGAAGACAGAAAUUAAAUGUAAAAGAUGCUUGACUUGAAUUAACAUUAGUGUUUUUAUAUACAUAUAUAUAUUGAGACACGUGCCUUAUACAGACUCCUUAUUCAGUCUGAAUUAUAUAGCAUCGAAGAAUAUUUCACUGUGCCAUAAAGACUCAAGCUUGCUCUGCCAAAACAAAUCAGGAACACAGCACUGCAGAAUGGCAACAGAAAGCUACACACAUGGAAAUUUCAGCCUGUAUAAGAUUACCAGGGCAAGACACAAAGGAAAAGAUUGAACCAUGGCAAUAUCACCAGAGUGCUCCUACCAUGGCAUAUUAGACAAAGAGCAGCUAUGUAAGAAGAGCCUUUGAAAGGGAUGAAAAAGAGUGUGUCUUUGUAAUGGAGUAUGCAUCCAUAAAGCCUUCCCCUGGUAAUUAAAAAGAGGAGAAAUGAUUGGAGUGAACUAGAAACUUUCAGUAAGGCUUAGUUUA